UACUGGAGUUGCCGACGGAUGCCAAACUUUACCUUUGCUACUGUAUGUUGUUCUUCUAUAUAAAACUUUACUGAAGAGAAUGAGAAGAUUGAAGAUGAUCUGAAACUCCCAAGAAGAAGGCAUUCAAUGCAUGCAACGAUGUCUUCAGUUAGACCGCAACAACCCAGUUUUCAUCAUGUUGAGUAUGUGAUUGUGCCUUUGACCUGCUGCCUGGUGCUACCCUACCUAAAGUUUCCAGCAGAGGACGCUGUUUUACAACAAAACGGUCACUCCUUUAGAUGAGGCACUGACAAACAGCAAGUGAUCCACACAUUGGAGCAGCUCUGUCUGUCAGCAGCGAUAUCUCCAGUAAUGUAGACAUGCUCGUUUUGUUUAACUUCGCUUAUCUGAAGAUGCAUCAACCGAAGAUUGUUUUAAUGACAGUAAUGCUGAUGAUCGCUGAUGGGUUAGUUGUUCGUGGUCCCUCUGCUCCUCUGUCUGCUCCUCUGGGAGCUUCAGUGGUUUUGCCCUGUUAUGUUGAUGAAGCUUUACCAGUGGAGGAUCUGGAGGUGGAAUGGAGAAGAGCAGACUCAGAGACUCUGGUUCAUCUGUAUCAAGAUGGUGAGAGUCGAGCAGAGGUCCAGCAGCAGGAUUAUCAUGAUAGAGCUCAUUUCUUUACUGAGGAGAUUCAACAUGGAAACUUCUCCCUCCGUCUGGACAAUCUGACAGCUCAAGAUGAAGGAGAAUACAGGUGUAGAGUUCACAGUCAGCAGGAUUCUGAAGAAACUGUGAUCAAGAUAAAAGAUGUUGAGCGUUUGCUGGUAUCAGGAACAAAUCGAUCUGUUUCUAUACAUGUUGGUGAGGACGUGACUCUGAACUGCUCUGUAGACUCUCACAUCACACCUGAACAUAUUGAAGAGGUAUUGUGGAGGAAAACUGAUAAAGAUGGAGAUAUUCUGAUCCUGCUUUACCAAAACAAUAAGACUGUGCCAGAGGUGGGAGAUGAACAAUUCAGAGGCAGAGUUGAGUUCUUUACUGCUGAAAUCCCCAAAGGAAACUUCUCUCUCAAACUGAAGAGCGUCAGAACUGAGGACAAAGGAGUUUACAUGUGUCAAGUGUUUGCUGGAGAUUUAUCAGCCAAUGCGACUGUAGUGCUGGGAAGACUGAGUUUCUCUGCUUUGCAUACAAUGGUGUUGAUACUCUGUAUUUCUGCAUGUGGAUCUGCGCUUCUGCCCUGUGUCUGGAUCUACAGCAGAUCACCUGAUAAAGGUCAAUGGCAUGUGCAACUGUCAGUGUUUGGUCUAUUUGAUUGUAAUAAUUUAAGUUUUUGCCUUGGUUCAAUUUUUACAACAUGCUAGCCAUGUCAGUCAUGUUGUCAAUGGAUGAUUAUGCAUGGAUUUCAUUAAAGGAAUUGGUU